AUGGUGAUUGUUCGAGAGCCAGUUGUGAUCAGUGGAGAUCCGCCCGUUGUACACGUUAAUAACAAGACAAAAGUCACCGCGCUGCCCACAAACUACAAUAAGAACAAGAAUGCGUUGGUUGUGAAAAAUGUGAAAAAUGCCGAUUAUGGAGUCUACAUGACUGGAAAUAUGAAGAAGUACAAAUUUGUGGCAAAACCAGAGAAAAAAUGA